AUGUACCGGCUUGCCUUCCAACUUUUGAACAUCAUGCUGACAUCUAAGACGCUUGACAUCCACACCAGGAACAACAAGAUUUUGGAGACGGCUGAGGGAGAGAAUGCGAAGCUCUACUGCGACUUCACCGCUGCCCCGGAGGAUGAAGGAAAUUUGGAGAUCGAAUGGAGCGUGAAGUCCGUACGCCACCCACUGGACACGGCAGAGAUCAUCUUGUAUACGGCCGGCCAGAUCUACGACCAGCUCUAUGAACCUCUAAAGGGCAGAGUCUACUUCCAUUCAGUGGACCCUGCGAAAGGAGAUGGUGCCAUUCAUCUUUCACUAUUGACUCACAGAGACACCGGCAUCUACAAGUGCCAGGUUAAGAAGGCUCCAGGCCUCCGGAGCAUCAAGACAGUCCUCAGAGUGCUCAAACGGCCAUCAAAGCCCAGGUGUUACUACACUGAAGGGGUCGGAGAGUUUGGCAAGACCAAAGUGCUACACUGCAGAUCUCAGGAAGGGGCUGCACCUAUCCAGUACCAAUGGUCAAGAACACCACCCUUGAAACUGCCCACCUCGGCGGUGAUGGAUCGGAUGGCAGGCACACUCACCUUGCGAGAUUCCCGUGAGAGCAACACAGGAACUUACAAGUGCAGUGCAAUUAAUCGUGUUGGUGGGGAGGAGUGCUUCCUGGAAAUGAACCUACCAGAUUCUCCAUUGGUCGGCAUGAUUGCUGGAGCUGUAACAGGCAGCCUGAUCGGCGUCGUGGUCAUCGCUUCCAUCACAUGCUUCAUUGUACGUCAGCGACAGCGUCGGGACCCAGAAACCUCCAACGAGAUUGUGGAAGAUGCAAGUCCCCCACCACCCCGCAGGAGAAGUCAUCCAACAUGCCGCAAGGAGGACACAACAACAGUAAUUGAGAUGUCAAGAGCCACUCCUGUGUAA